GCUAAACAAACCUCUCCUCUCCCGGUUCAGGUUGAGGAGUUAAGAGGACUGAGGAGGGAAAAGGAAAUAGAAGAGGAGGAAGAAGAAGAAGAAGAAGAAGAAGAAGAAGGAGGAAUCCCGCGAAAAUCAAAUUAUUUUGAACCAUUUCGUGCCUUGAAUCCCAACUGGUUGUAGGUUACCAUUUCAAUUGCCGAUCAUACAACUGUAAAAUUAAACAAGAACACGAAGUGAAUUGGUGGUCUGGAGCUUUUGCUGCUUGACACUGCGGGUUAGCAAUGGCAGAAGCGGAUACGGAGACCAAAGUUGUUACGGGUACUGCGAAUGGAACUUGCCCGCUUGAGGAUUCUGGGCGCCUGGUGGGUACUGGUGAAGCUGAAACUGUAAAGGAGGAGGAAGCUGUAACCGUAAAGAAAGAGGAGGAUAACACUGGAGUUAAGGAAAUGGAAGAAGAUAGUAAAGAAAAUGAGAAGAAUGAGGAUGUGGGAAAGGAGGAAGACCAUAAGUUGAAGGAAGAAGAUAGCAAACAGGGAAAAGAAAGAGAAGAACCAGAACUGGAAGAUGUCAAAAUGGAGGAAGAAACUGAUGUGAUGGAAGAGAAGGAGAGCAAGGAAAACGUUGCGACUGCUGAAGAGAAGGAGAGCAAAGAAAGCAUUGAGACUCGAGAGAAGGAAGAUAAGGAGAGCAAAGAAAACAUUGAGAAUGCUGAAGAUAAUAAGGACGAAACAGUGAAAGACAAGGAGAGUAAAGGAGAAAAGCGAUACAAUAAGCGUGGUAAGGGGUCGAAUGUUGGGGGGAAGGAGGUGGCUAAGAAAAACAAAGUGGAUGAAAAAAAUGUGAAAGAAACAAAUAAUCCCACCGCCUUCUUUCUUGAUCGACCUGUGCGGGAGCGCAAGUCGGUUGAGAGGUUGGUGGCUUUUAUUGAAAGAGAUCCAGCAAAGGAUUUUCACAUUGAAAAGGGCCAUGGUACUCCACUCAAGGAAAUACCGAAUGUGGCGUACAAGUUAUCAAGGAAGAAGACAGAUGAAGCAUUCAAGUCACUUUACACAAUCCUUUUUGGGAGGAGGGGAAAGGCAUCUGAUUUCAAGAAGAACAUAUCCCAGUUUUCUGGCUUUGUGUGGCAUGAGAGUGAGGAAGUGCAGGAGAAGCAAAGGAUGAAAUUAAAAGAAAAAUUUGACAAGUGCUUCAAGGAGAAGUUGCUGGAAUUCUGUGAUGCGCUUGACAUACCUGUUGUGAAGACAGCAAUAAGGAAGGAAGAUAUUGUUAUGAAGUUGAUCGACUUUUUGGCAGCUCCACGUGCAAUGUCCGAUGUUUUAAUUUCAGAGAAACAGCAGUCGAGUAAAGAUAGAAAGCGCAAGAGGUCAGUCAAGGGAACCGCAUCAAAGUCAGGUGGUGCUUCUGCAAAAUUCUCUUCAAGGUUUAUUCCACAGAAACGAAGGACCGCUGAAGACACCCAAGAGAAGGAUAAAAAGAGUGCCCCUGACACGGAAAUUGAGUCUGAAGAAGACGAGGAUGAAGAGAAUGAUGGACCUGAGGAAGUUCUUAACCAUUCUGAGAAUGAGAAUAAGGAAGAUGAAUCCAUGGAGGAGUCUGAAGAAGACAUGAGAGAGCAUAAACCUGGUUCGAGGAAAUCGUCAUCGAAGAAGGAAUCUGCUGAGAAAACUAAUAUGAAGAAAUGUACAACUUCCAGGAAAGCCACUCCAACUGCAUCGCCAAAAAAAACUCCAAGAGAAGCAUCAUCUAAACAUUCUAAAGUCAAUGACAGCAGUGAUAAAAGCCCAAGGGUGUUUUCAAGAAAGAAGAAAAAUGAGGAGACCAGGAAAAAUGCCUCAAACCCAGUGAAAUCUGCCACCAAGGAGAAAGCUGGUAAAAAGGUGGUGAAAGGGAAGGAUAAAUCCAGAGGGGAAGAACCUGGACCAAGUGAAGAUGAACUAAGGACUGCAAUCUGUGAAAUUCUGCAGGAAGUCGACUUCAACACGGCAACAUUCACUGACAUUCUCAAGCUGCUCACUCAGCAUUUCGACACUGAUCUCAUCUCGAGAAAGUCAGCUAUAAAGCUUCUGAUCCAAGAAGAGCUUACAAAACUAGCUGAUGAGGAAGAAGAUAAUGAGGACGACAAGAGAGAAGAUGAAAAAGAUCAACCAACUGCAGGUCAAGAGAUGGAGGCUUGACUGUUUAAAUGAAUGAUACAUAGCUGUAACUUAUUGUAGUCAUAUAAUGCCUGGCAUGAGAAGUAUUUUCAGGCAAUGAGUGGUGGUGGAACAGCUUGGCAGCGGGUGAUGACAUGUGAUGGAUGCAUGAUCAAUCAUUUUAUUUCUUAAAAUUGAACCAAACCGAAUGAAUACAGUAAGCCAGGUAGUUUUGCUGUUGUCCUGCAGAAUCAGCUUCAAAAGUGGAGUCCAUGGGGACAUUAUCGCCCAACAGAUGCCCCCCAGAAACUCCAUGAAUAAUUGCUAUAGGGUGGGUUUAAUGUAUAUUGUCGUAAUCAAAACCUGACUCAACUCUAGGUGUUUUCUUUGUCUUAGAUAUGAAAGUCCUGCAUUUUGGGCAAUGAAAUCUUACAAUAAGUGCCCCACCCAUUUAACCUUCCGGAUAAAAUAGUUGCUGCGGCUAUCAAAGGGACCUUUUAACAUUUUUAGCCUGAGUCUGUUGUAUUAUCAUUGCAUAGAGAAAAGCAAUGUUUUACAUGUAUCUUAGAUCAUAUACUAUCUCUUUGGCUGCUACAUGGAAGUCUUCGUUUUUCUUGUA